AUGGGAAGCUACGAACCUAUUGUCUGCGAGCCGAAGCAGAGCUUCAAGACACCAUGGAUCGAAACGCCCCUGGUCGAGAGCGCCUGCCUUUCUCGGGCCGCCGGAUGUAGGAUCUUUUUGAAGCUGGAGAAUGUCCAACCCAGUGGUUCUUUCAAAUCCCGUGCAAUGGGCAAUCAGAUUCUUUCACACCUUUACAAGCCGGAGAAUGCCGGCCGCCCUGUACAUUUCUAUGCCUCGUCCGGUGGAAACGCCGGACUUGCAGCCGUCUGCGCUGCCCGCAGCCUGGGAUAUCCAUGCACAGUCGUGGUCCCCACCUCCACAAAGCCUUUGAUGAACUUCUUCGAGGCCGUCAUCAUGAAGAAGAGCUCCGGAAACGACGAGAAUGUCGCCAAGAUAGCCCUACACCCAUUCGACAACGAGCCUAUCUGGCAAGGAAACAGCACGAUCAUUGACGAGCUCGAGAAGCAACUACCUCCGGCCGCCAACGCCGAAGAAGAGGAAGUUUACCGCGGGCGGGCGCUCCCUCUGGAUGCCGUUCUGUGUAGUGUCGGCGGCGGCGGUCUUCUGAACGGCCUGGUCAUGGGCCUCGAGAAGCGACGACCCCAAAAACUCCAGAAUGCUCCUGCCACCACUAAACCCAUCAACAUUCUCGCCAUCGAAACGGACGGCACCGACUCCUUGGCCGCCGCCAUCGCUUCCAACUCCCUCGUCUCCCUUCCUAAGAUCACAUCCCAAGCCACUUCCUUGGGCGCCAUUCGUGUAUCGGAAACCACUUUCCAAUACGCCGUAGCUCCCCCGCCGGGAAUCAAAGUGCACAGCGCCGUCCUCACAGAUGCCGAGGCCGCCCGAGGCUGUCUCCGCCUCGUCGACGAUGAACGGUUCCUCGUUGAACUGGCCUGCGGUGUGUGUAUCGAAGCGGCCAUCGGCGAUGCUGCCACCGCUACCCCUGCUUCGGCGAAUCCCGUGGCCGUGGGCCAAAGCCCCAAGAAACGAAAGAGGGGCUCCAAUGAUACUGGCCACCGUGAUGAGGGUUACGGAGACGACCGAUUGUCGUCGACGGAGAAUGAUAAUGAAACGGACCCCGAGCCUGAGGCGGAGUCGAAGAUGAAGCAGCUUAUCCCUGACCUCAACGAAAACAGUCGGGUUGUCAUCGUCGUUUGUGGAGGGUCCAAUGUCACUAUUGAGACCGCUGGCGAGUGGCGGAAGUUGCUGGCUGAGGGUUGGGUUUGA